AUGAAGGACCACCCGCGCAGCUGGCGAGACGGUCUACUUUUUGCCCGAAGCGCUCGUGUGGCGCAGCUUUUGGCGAUUGGCCUGGCGUUCUUGGUCUUCCUGCUUUGGCAGUGCCUGACGCAGUUCAAAUUUAUUCGCACCGGGUUCAUCAAGUGGAACCACCUCCUUGCGCCGGCUGUCUUCUCCGACCUCUCAGAGGGGCAGUUGUACGUUCAGCUAGAAGGUAAAGGCCUCGCACUCCCGGAGGGUGGCUGUGUCUGGGACAUCGGCGCCAACGACGGGGUCUGGAACUCCAACUCCUACUUCCUCAUCAACUACAGGAACUUCAGCGCUUGGCUCUUCGAGCCAGAGGCCGAGGUCUUCCUGGCGUUGCGGCAGCGCUAUGCUCGAAACCGGCAGGUGGCGCUCCACAAUUGUGGCCUUGUUGUGGAGGACGUGGGGCUCAUGGAGUACCGCGUCUUCCCAGCCUCGCUGGAAAGCACUUUGGUGAAGGAGAAGAAGCGGCAGUUCGACCCUACGCCGGACUACGUCUAUCAGAUUGCAGCCCUGGACGCAGGCCUUGUUUGCGAGCAGCACCAGGAGGCAAAGUUGAAAGGCCGCUGCGGGUUUUCGGUGCUGUCCAUUGACGCGGAGGGCUUCGAUCUGGCGCUCUUUGUGCGGAUCCACGAGAGGGGCUGCCGCUUCGAGGUGGUGAUCCUCGAGAUCUCGGAGAAGCAACGCCCUCACGUGAUCUCCCUGGGCUACAAGGAGAUCUUGCGCUCGGGCUACAACAUGGUCUUCGUCCCCAAAGCCGAGCGAUCUGCGAAUCAGCUGGUCCUGGACCUUACCCGGGUUGAAGUGCAGGACUACAUCAUCGACGCGGUCAGCAAGAUCCUGAGCAGCGCCAACGUGGAGUACAUCAAGUGGGACAUGAACCGUGCCCUCACGGACGCAUAUUCUGCCGCGCUUCCGCCCCGGCAGCAAGGAGAGGUCUACCACCGAUACGUGCUCGGCCUCUACCGCGUCUUCGAGGUGUUGACCUCCAGCUUUCCGGGGGUGCUCUUUGAGAGCUGCGCGCUGGGGAUCCCAGGCAGUGCUUUCGCGGAUGGGCAAGCGCCAAACCCCGGAAGCUGCAUGGAAAACAAGGAUGCUAACUAUGCUAAAGCAGACGAGGAGUCCUCGGCGGAGUCAGUGUCGAGCUCUGGAUCCGAUGCCAUCCGAGAAAUCGCAGAUGGCCGGGAUUUGCCGGACUGGACAAAAUGGAACGAGGUGAAUGCUGAUCGGGAUGCUCUUGGUCACUGGGAGAUGUCGCGGGCGAAGAGUUUCGAACUUGCCUUCUGA